AUUGUGAUGCCAAGUAAUACACACUUGAACAAUAAUUACAUCCAACUUUAAAAAAAUGAAAAUCCCAUUUAAAAUAGGCUUGAAAAUUUAUUUCAUUCUACAAAACCAUAUAUAUUCAUAACCUACAAAAUUAAUGAUGCCAACCAUACCUACCAAAAAUAUUCCAAUGUAAUUUCCACUAUAUUGAACCCAAAAGGAAAAACAUUUAAAACACAACUAAAAAAAAUAAAAAAAAUCUCCAAAAACCCUAUAUAAAGGCACCCCUCCUACAACUUUAUUUCCUCACCAUUUCAUUCUUUUCCCAUUUAGAAAAAUCCCAAAUAGAAAAGAAUGAAAUAAAAGUUUACUAUUCUAUAUUCUCUUGUUCUUAUCAUCAAAAACUUUUCUUUCUUACUUUCUAGGGCAAACAAAAAGAAGAUAAGAAAAGGAGAAAGAAAACACAACAUGGGGCGGCGUAAGAUAGAGAUGGAAAAGGUUGAAGACCGCAGCGCUCGUCAAGUAACCUUCUCUAAGCGUCGUUGUGGCCUUUUCAAGAAAGCCAACGAGCUGGCCACCCUCUGCGACGUCGAUAUCGCCGUUAUCGUCUUCUCUCCGGGAGGAAAAGCUUUCUCCUUCGGCCAACCAAACGUUUACUCCAUCACCAACCGGUUCUUGCUCGAGCAGCAGCAAGGAUUUUCGAAGAAGAUCACUACUCGCCGCCGUUCCACCCGCCGUCGCAGCCAGUCCAAGGCGUUCGACAAGCUCAAUGAGCAAGUGAACGAACAUUCCAUGGAGUUGCACUACGAGAAAGAGCAAAAGAGUUCGAUUGAAGUGAGUAGUGAUGAAAAGGGUUUGCUUAAGAAGAAGAAGCAGGGAAAGUCUUCAUCAUCAUCAUCUGAUGAUGAUGAUCUUAGUGAGAGUGAGAUGAUGAAGCUCAAAGAAGAGUUGGAAUCUCUUAAGGAGAAAGUGAAAGAGAGAAUCAAUGUGAUGGAGGCUUCUUCAACCUUGAUGAUGUUAUCUAAUGAUGCUUUUUAAUUUUAAUUAUGUUGCUAAAUUGAUGAAGUAUUUCAUCAUUUAUGUUUAUGUUAAUGUUAUUAUCAUAUAUGAGUUUGUGUAAGUGGACUCAUUUUUAUGAAAUUUUGAUUGGGAUUAUCGUCUUUGAAUUUGACUUGAAUUAGAACUUUUUAGUGUGUUUUGUUUU